AGACAUAUUGACAUAUUUAUAUUCCGUAGUACAGAAGUUUGAAGGUUAUGUAUUGAAUAAAAAUAUAUUUAUUGAAAAAAUCUGGUUAUUAUAUAAAGAAAAAAUGAAUACAUCUAUCAUAAAAAUCGCACAGGCUUCAAAUGUACUAUCGCAAUUUUCUCCAUUAUUUGCGUCCCAAUUCCACACAUCAUCAGCACUCUGCAGAGUCGUUUCCGGGAAAUAUAGAAUAACGAAGAAGAGAGACAGGCCACUAACUUAUGAAAUGGCUAACCCACCUCACUAUAUUGCUCACCGAAAGUCUUGGAACUCGUGGAAUACGUCAAGUUUAAAAGAUGGUCUGCGGAAAUCAGAAACAGCAGUUGAGGAUGAGUUUAUCAGGAGAUUCAUAAAUGGAACUUGGCAUGGCCUUGUUUGUAGCGAGAUUAUAAUAAAACGACAGUUCAAUCAUAUUAGAAUAGCAGCAAUCAUGAGACGAGCAGUGUCUCCAACAAAGAUGUACUUCCUUUUAGGCUACACCGAGGAACUUCUAUCAACAUGGAUACAAUGUCCAGUGACAUUGGAGCUGCAAACAGUUGACAGCUACGAAGAUGUUGUCUUUAAAUAUAUUUAAACCAAUAAUUUCUUUGGAUUAAUGUGUGUAAUAUACUUAGGAUAAAAUAUAGGAUUAUAAAUUUAGUUUUUGGAUUAAGAAAUAAAAGUUUGUUGAAAUUUA